UUUGAAGUUUGACCAAAAGAAAUGUUGAAAUUGAUCAAUGAGCUGUAAUCAAAUUUUUCGAGGAUUAUUACAAUUCAUAAAUAAUCAUACAAUCGAAUUGAUCAUAAAAAACAAGGUUUCAUAGAAAACGUUUUAUCUACAUUACGAUUAUUUUGUUGCAUUGUUGGUUAACCUGUGUACGUUUUCAAUUUGCAUUUUGCUUGGCGAUCGUUGUACAGUAAACUCGUCUCUACACAAUUUAAAUAUUUUUUAUUGGUUUUGCUGCGAUCCUUUUUUUUAAAGUCAAGACAUCUCAUCCAAAGAUUCAAAAUGGCGGCGGGCAGUGUAGACCUGACUGAAGAGGACGCAGCCGACCUGCAGUUUCCCAAGGAGUUUGAGAACGCAGAGACGCUGCUGAUCAGUGAGGUUCAUAUGCUGAUUGCGCAUCGCAAGCAACAGAACGAGAGUGCCGAGGAGGAGCAGGGCUUCUCCAACGUCUUCCAGAAGACUGACACCUACACCGAACGAUUCCGCAAGUUCAAAAAUAAGGAAACGAUAGCGGCCGUUCGGAACCUGCUGACCCAGAAGAAGUUGCACAAAUUCGAGCUGGCGUCGAUUGCGAAUCUGUGUCCGGAGACCCCCGAGGAGGCCAAGGCGCUCAUCCCCAGUCUGGAGGGCCGAUUCGAGGAUGAGGAACUCAGGCAGAUACUGGAGGAUAUCCAGACCAAGAGAAGUCUACAGUAUUGAGCGAGUCUCCAAGGUAAUAUAGCUUUAUUUAGAUUAUUUCUGUGAUCAACUUACCUUAUUACAGUAUUUGGCACCGGCUCCACGGGCAGUAUUAUAUCUAUUGUUAUUACCUAUUGUAAUAGGUAAUAUUAAUAGAAAGAAUUUUUCUAUGAUGUCAGCUCAUGAAUCUUAUAUAGAUAAAUAGUGAUCUGUUAGGCAUUCAAUGUGAUCACACCCUUAGUCUGUACGCAGCUCUACAUUCAGAUAUUUCAAAACAUCGAAAAAUAUUAAAUU